UUCGCAAGAUCGAUUGUUUUGCUAUAUUUAAAUAUAUGAGUUCAGUAUAGUUUGUCAAACGCUUGAGCAGCCUUGAUAAAAGGGUAGACAUUUCAAAUAAUAUAUAUUUCUUUUGUUUUAGUUAAGCUAUUGCGGACAAGACUGUGAAAGAAUACCCCCGGCACUGCAAAAUAUGUACGGUCCCAAAGUGAAGCACUUAGAUUUGAGUUACAACAGUAUAGAAACCCUAAAAGGGCUAGAAAAAUUCGGCAGAUUGGAAGAACUGAUAUUGGACAAUAAUAAAUUGGGGGACAGCGUCACAUUCCCUUUCCUACCGUAUCUGAGGACUCUCUCGCUGAAUAACAAUCAGAUUACCAACUUGGAGCUUCUUAUGGAUAAGAUCCUGGAGCGUCUUCCGUCCCUUACAUACUUGAGUCUUCUGAGCAAUAAAGCGUGUCCAAAUGAGCUCUCAGACAUAGACAAAGACGACUCCGAUUAUCAGAGAUACAGGUACUUUGUUCUUUAUAAACUGAAAAACCUACGUUUCUUGGACUCCCGACGGGUGUCGCCACGAGAGCGUUUGGAGGCGGGGAAGCGAGGCGAGUUCAUGCGUGUGCGUCGGCCGCGUGACGUCACUGACUCACACCUAACAGAGCACAUAACACAACCAGCCAGACCGCUGCCCUUGGAUCUCUCCUUGUUAGGCAAACACAAAGGCGCCUACGGCAAGUGUCACUACAAAUACACGGGCAAGCAUUCCGAGGGCAACAGGUUCAUUGUGAAUAGUGAUUUGUGACCGACAGAAAGACCAACCGACGGGUACGAAAGUCUAAGGAAGUCGGUUAAGUGUUCAUAUUUUUAUAACUUAUCAUUUAUCUAUGUCAACUGCUGGUACUUGUAAUAUCAAAUGAAAUUUGAAUAUUAAAAUUUAAUUAAUAAAUAAUGCUGUUAUCGUUAUGCCAAGUAUUGGCAUUUGUAUGGCUAUUUUCUAUUACUAAACGGAAAGUACAUAUUGUUAUUGAUGAUAUAAUUAAAUGUAUAACUGAUUUUUAAAUAUUUUUUAGGGGUAACAUAACAAUGAGGUAA